UUUUUACACUCUUCUGCUUCUUCAACCUCGUCGUCCUCCCGCUGCUGCCCUUUCUAUCGGUGGCAAAUUGUUACAGAAAUGGCGUUUCAACUUGUGCGACUAAGUUCGGGCACUUUGAGGAGGUUGUCCAAAAAUGCAAACCAGGCUCCCUUGAGAUGGCGCUCAACUGCUGCGAAUCCUCUCAUCCGAGAUGUGAAUGUUCCUCCAACAUGCAUCACAGCUCUAAACUCAGGUCUGAGAGUUGCCACAGAAGAUACUGGUGCUCCCACUGCCACUGUUGGUCUGUGGAUAGACGCAGGAUCCAGAUAUGAAUCAGAACAAACCAAUGGUGUCGCCCAUUUCUUGGAACACAUGGCAUUCAAAGGCACUAGCAAACGAUCACAGACAGACCUCGAGCUUGAAGUAGAAAAUAUGGGAGCACACCUAAAUGCCUACACAUCUCGGGAGCAGACAGUAUUUUAUGCCAAAUGCCUGAAGCAAGAUGUCCCAAAAGCAGUGGAAAUCCUCUCUGACAUCAUCACAAAUUCGACAUUAGGUUCUAAUGAAAUUGAACGUGAGCGCAGCGUGAUUUUGCGUGAAAUGCAGGAGGUGGAAACUAAUUUACAGGAAGUGGCUUUUGACUACCUUCAUGCCACUGCAUACCAAGGAACUCCUCUUGGGCGUACGAUCUUGGGGCCCACUGAAAACAUUAAGAGCAUUUCCCGAGAUGAUCUUCAAGAUUACAUUAAGACCCAUUACAAAGCACCCAGGGUGGUUUUGGCUGGAGCUGGUGGUGUUGACCAUAAUGAAUUAGUCAAGUUGGCAGAGACACAUUUCAAGAAACUUGACACCAUCGAUGGCCCAGUUCCUGAUGUGUCUCCAUGCAGAUACACUGGUUCAGAGGUUCGCUUGCGUGAUGAUUCCAUUCCUUUGGCACACAUUGCCAUUGCUGUUGAAGGUUGUGGUUGGACUGAUCCUGACAACAUCCCCCUCAUGGUUGCAAACACACUCUUAGGAGCGUGGGAUCGCUCACAGGGUGGUGGUGCCAAUAAUGCAUCUGGCUUAGCUGCCAUUGUUGCUGAGGAUAAUUGUGCCCAUUCUUUCCAAUCAUUCAAUACCUGCUACAAAGACACGGGCCUUUGGGGAGUCUACUUUGUUUCAGAUGGAAUGACAAUUGAGAAUAUGGUCUGGAACAUUCAGGAGGCAUGGAAAAAGAUGUGCACUUCUUUGACAGAACGAGAUGUUAUUAGGGCACGCAAUCUGCUGAAGACCAAUAUGCUGCUCCAGCUUGAUGGCACAACACCAAUCUGUGAGGAUAUUGGCCGCCAAAUGCUAUGCUACAAUAGGCGAAUUCCUAUCAACGAACUAGAACAGCGUAUUGAUAGUGUUACUGCCAAAGACAUCAUGAAUGUGUGCAUGAAGUACAUUUAUGACAAGUGCCCAGUUGUGGCUGCUGUUGGCCCAGUGGAACAGUUGCCUGACUACAACAACAUCCGUUCUGGCAUGUACUGGAUAAGGUUGUGAGCUGGCCGAUGUAUAAAAUUAGAAGGCCUCUCCUUUUAAUAACUUCAUCAGCAAUUCUAUCUCAAAUGUUAGAACUCACCAUUGAGUUGCUAAAUCUUUUACGUCAAGAAUUAUGUAGGAACUAUUUUAAUUCAUUCUGUUGCUGUUCUUUAUUCAGAGACUAGCUGUGGCACUUUGUUUUACACACUAAUGGAUCAUCUUUAUUUGAAAUUGUAAAUAAAAUCAAAUUCAGGAAAUAAAAUGUGUUAUUGGCUUUGGGGUCCUGACUCCAAUA